AUGCAAAAUCUAGUUCGAAGGAGAGUCGCUCUUAAAGGAAACUGCCCGAGAAGUAGCACAAAGGAAGAAUCUCUCCUACAUGUAAUCAGAGACUGUAACAACGUUAGGGAGGUAUGGCAUAUACUAGGGUUUAAAUGGGACAAGGAAAUAUAUUCAGCAUUGCCUUUAGCCGAAUGGUUUGACAAAGUGGUGGACAACUUCUCCCAAGACAGAUUUGAGACUUUCUUGAUAGCCGCAUGGGUGAUUUGGAGUGGGAGGAAUGAGGAGUUUUAUGGGGGAAAAAAGUUAAGUGCAGCCCAAACAGCCACCUUCGUAAGAUCAUACAGGGAAGAGUUCAUGAAUGCGCAAGAAAAACGAGAUAUGGGCGUGCAGGGAGGACUAGUGAUAUGGAGACCACCACCCAGUAGCUCGGCCAAGGUAAAUUUUGAUGGUUCCUAUAAUAGGGAUACUGGAGAAGGAGGGAUUGGGUUGGUUGUCAGGGAUGUUGACGGAACGGUCCUUGGAACGUUGUCAAUGAAAAGAAUAGAGAUAGCAUAUCCAUGGAUGAUUGAAGGAAAAGUAGCACUGGAAGUUCUCAAGUUUGCUAGAGAUCUGGGACUCGCAAGGAUAUUGUUAGAAAGAGAUGCAUUAGAGUCCAUACUAGAAAAGGAGGGAAUUAAGCAGCCUAUGCCAUGGCCAAAUAUGGAUUAA